AUGGCUAUCACAGCAGCCUUGUUUCUUCUACAGAACAGCAUAGUGCAAUCGCCUUUGCGAGUGCUGGCGGUCCUAUCUGUCACUAUCCCUGUGAUUUAUGUCAUCCUGAACGAGUUUAUCCGAGCUUCAGCCAGAGUACCACGACUCAAGGGCCCUCGUGGCUUACCGCUAAUUGGAAAUCUCGCUCAAAUACGCAACAACGCCGCAGAGCAGUAUCGUAUUUGGUCUAGAACAUAUGGACCUGUCUAUCAGAUACAGUUGGGAAAUAUUCCCGUGGUGGUUGUGAACUCAGCUGCGGCUGCGAAGACUAUUUUUGGCCACAAUGCGCAAGCACUGAGCUCGAGACCGGAGUUUUAUACCUUCCACAAGAUCGUAUCGAACACAGCAGGCACGACUAUCGGAACGUCUCCUUACAGUGAAUCCCUGAAACGACGCCGAAAAGGGGCAGCUUCGGCGCUCAAUCGUCCCUCCGUGGAAUCAUACGCGACUCACUUGGAUGUGGAAUCCAGAGCCUUCAUCGAAGAGCUCAACCGCUAUGGAGAUGGAGGGAAUACGCCGGUAGAUCCCAUGGCAAUGAUUCAGCGUCUGAGUCUCAGUCUAUCCUUGACACUCAAUUGGGGAGUACGCGUAGCGUCCCAGGAGGAGGACUUAUUCGAUGAGAUCACCCAUGUUGAAGAGGAAAUCAGCAAGUUUCGGAGCACUACCGGUAACCUACAGGACUACAUCCCUCUCCUGCGGCUGAAUCCUUUCAGUGGUAACUCAAGGAAGGCCAAAGAAAUGAGAGAUCGGCGUGACAGGUAUCUCGAUUCAUUGAACCGGGAUCUAGAUGACCGUUUGGAGAAGGGUAUACACAAUCCCUGUAUACAGGCAAAUGUCAUUCUUGACAAGGAAGCCAAACUCGACACCGAUGAACUCAUUUCGAUCAGCCUGACAAUGCUAUCUGGGGGACUCGACACUAUCACCACAUUGGUGGCCUGGAGUCUUUGUCUUCUGUCGCAACGACCUGAUAUCCAAGACAAGGCUGCGAAGGCUAUUCAAGAACUGUAUGAUCAGGGUAUGCCGCUGUGUGACUCUGCGGAUGAUCAGAAAUGCGCCUAUGUCGCUGCUCUUGUCAGAGAAUGCCUGAGAUAUUUCACCGUGCUUCGGCUCGCGCUUCCUAGAACGUCCAUUAGAGAUAUAACUUAUCAAACAACUGUCAUUCCUAAGGGCACAGUCUUCUUCUUGAACUCCUGGGCUUGCAACAUGGAUCCUGAAGUCUGGAGAGACCCCGAGGAGUUUCGACCUGAACGAUGGUUUGAGCAACCAGAUGCCCCUAUGUUCACAUAUGGCAUGGGCUAUCGCAUGUGUGCCGGAUCCCUUCUUGCGAAUCGCGAGCUAUAUCUGGUUUUCAUGCGCACCAUGAACAGCUUCCGGAUUGAACCGGUCGAUGAUGUCGAUUGGCAUCCUGUAAGGGGCAAUUCAGACCCCACCAGCCUUGUGGCGAUCCCUAAGAAAUACAGGGUCAAAUUUGUGCCGAAAAAUAAAGAGGCACUUGCGGCAUCUCUGGCUCGGUGA